AUGUACGGCCGGAAAACACCGACGACUUAUCGUUCAACACCUUCUGUGUAUUCCCAUUACACGGGAAAAUCAACUUCGAACUUACGAUCGUCGAAGUCUUUGAAAUCCUUAAGGGUCCCGUGGUACCAGAAACCAAUAUUACACGAUGCUUAUGUCCUCGAUCUACAAAGAGGUUCACUCCUUACAGGUUUUAUAUCCUUGUUCAUAGCCCUGUUUACAUUUGCACAAAGCGUUUUUGACCUCUACUGUCUCGGCAUGGCAAGCCCUGGUGCCGUUCAUUAUGGUUAUUACGUGCUCAGCUUUCAAUUUGUAUAUGUUGGAAGCCCUGCUGUGCGUAACGUCUUGGUAGUAUUCUCACUGUUUUCCUGGAUUGGCUCCGUGGCUGUUAUAGUUACGAGCAUCAUCUUGAUUAUGGCUUUGAGGAAGGAGUAUGAAAAACGUAUUGUUCCGUGGCUGUAUUCAUUUGGGGUGUUCAUAUUAUUCAGAUUUGUUGCCUUCAUAUUUGCUUCUAUAGUAAACGACAUGAUUUUUGCCUAUAACAUCAUUAUGUGUUUAUUCUGGGUGGUUUUCUGCAUAAUCGGAGUUUAUGGAUGGAUUCUGGUGUAUAGCUUGUAUCUAGAGCUAGCUGAUUUGACGAAAUUAGAAGAUUUGGCGCACUUGAGGAUGGGUACAAUGGCCUCUCUAAAUGCUUCAUUAGCCGGUUCAAGACCGACUACACCUCAUUCUACUGUUUCAACGAUGCCGGCCUCACAAAUAUGA